UGCAGUCGUAGCCUUGUGAUGGCGGCCUUUAAGGGUGUGUGGACUCAGGACUUCUGGCGGGCCGUUUUCGGAGAGUUCCUGGCCAUGCUGAUCUUCGUCUUGCUCAGUCUGGGCUCUACCAUAAACUGGAGCGCGAGUGAGGAGAACCCUGCUCCUCCAAACCUGCUCCUCAUCUCCCUUUGUUUUGGCCUGGCCAUCGCCACCCUCGUGCAGUGCUUCGGACAUAUCAGCGGCGCACACAUCAACCCUGCCGUUACCGCAGCGAUGGUCGCUACGCGGAAGCUCAGCCUGGCGAAGGGCGUGUUCUACCUGGCGGCGCAGUGUUUGGGAGCCAUUGUGGGCGCAGGGAUACUGUACGGUGUGACACCCGCCUCGGUCAGAGGCGGACUGGGCGUGACCUCGGUCAACAGCGGUAUUUCUGCAGGACACGCCCUGGUCAUCGAGAUGUUUAUCACGUUUGAGCUGGUCUUCACUGUAUUUGCCACCUGUGACCCCAGACGCACGGACCUGAAAGGCUCCGCCGCCCUCGCCAUCGGCCUGGCAGUCUGUAUCGGCCACCUGUUCGCCAUCCCGUACACUGGAGCCAGUAUGAAUCCAGCUCGCUCCUUUGGACCUGCCGUCAUCACAGGGCACUGGGAAGAUCACUGGGUGUACUGGGUGGGUCCAGUGAUUGGAGCCGUGGUAGCAGCUGCAUCAUAUGAGUAUUUACUGUGUCCUAACCCGGAUCUGAAGAGACGAUACACCCAGGCUCUGUCCAAAAGGCCCUUCCUCGGGGACCAGUACCGCGAGGUGGAGCCAGGCUACAUUUCCCAGGACCAGGACCAGCUGGUGGUGAAGCAGGCCCCGUUCACGGUGCUGGAUGUGGAGCGUGCGGAGAGGAAGGAGAAGGAGCCGGCGGGAGAGGUGCUGUCGUCUGUAUGA